GAAAAUCUGCAAGAAGAUCAAAAGAUAAGAGCUUUUAUCAAAAAUUAUGUACAAAAAAAUAGAAUCAAACCCUCGGCUACCGAGGGAAUUGCAAGUAUAUAUAUUAAAAAAAGACUCGAUCUAAUCCAAGUCAUAAUAUAUAUGGGAUUUCCAAAAAUAUUUAUGGAAAAUAGCCCACAGGGAGUUGAAGAAUUACAAAAAGCUCUACAAAAAAAAUUAAAUUUUGUAAACCGAAAACUGAAUAUUGCUAUCACAAAAAUUGAAAAACCGUAUGGAAAUCCUAAUAUUCUUGCCGAAUUUAUAGCUGGACAAUUAAAGAAUAGAGUUUCCUUUCGAAAAGCAAUGAAAAAAGCUAUUGAAUUAGCUGAACAAGCAGAUACAAAAGGAAUUCAAGUACAAAUUGCGGGACGCCUUGACGGAAAGGAAAUUGCACGUGUGGAAUGGAUAAGAGAAGGAAGAGUUCCCCGACAAACUAUUCAAGCUAAAAUGGAUUAUUGUUGUUAUUCAGUUCGAACUAUCUACGGGGUUUUAGGCAUAAAAAUUUGGAUAUUUUUUUGAUGAAGCUCAAUAAAAUUUUAUUCAUUCUUUUUACCUGUAAUACCAAGCGGCCCAUUUCACAAAUUAUUUUGUGUAAUGAGCAGGAACAGUUCUAAUUGAUUUCUAAUUGAUAAUAAUGAAUUCUAUAAGGUUGAAUAAAAAUUUUAUUUAUUUUUUAAUAAAAAUAUCAUUGCUAUGCUUAGUGUGCGACUCGUUCAUUUUUUAAGGUUAGCAUGAAACCAAACCCAAAGUAACAACUACUCACUCGAGAAGAAAUUACCUAAUAACUAACUCAUCAAUUUCGCAUUAUCUGGAUCUAAAUAACCAGUCAUGAUAUGAUUAGCGCUCAUAUCGUUGUAGCAAUUGCCAUUUAUUUGCAUAAACAAAAAUUAUUCAAAUAUUAUUGAAGUUGCCAAGCAAGAUAUAAAAAAGAUGUAGAUAAUUGGAAGGGAGAGAGAAAGGAAGAAAAAUAAGCUCAAUGAUUGAAAAUUCCAAUAUGUAGGGUCUAACAAAAUAGGCAAUGUAAUGAAGCAUUAAUACUUAAAUUCUGC